UGAUGGAAAAUAAACAUUUUAAUUGUGUUUUGUGGUUUAUUAAAAAUUUCAGAUUUUUUUCAUGUUUCCAACGUUUUGAGGUUCCGAAUUUAGCGUUUUUACUCAUUAAAAAUUUUUCCUCGUUUGGAAAUUUUCAAAACGGGACAGACGAUGGACUUUAUGAGGUUGACACGGGUUUACGCAAUAUUAAUUUAUUAGAUAAAGUAUAUUCUUGGAAUGGAUUGAAAGGAAAAUUAAAAAAUAAUAGUUGGUAUGGAGAACAGGCUAGAAUGAUUAAUGGGACAGAUGCUGAACUUUUUAAACCAAGCCUUUUUAGCGAUGAAAAAUUGGAAAUAUCAUUUAACAUCGAAAAACAAAGCACAGCCUUCACUUCUGGAAUUCCUGUUUUUCGUUAUUCACAACCUAAAAAUUUUUUGGAUGUUGAAACGCAACAAAUACAAGGAUUCUGUAAUCCAAAUGCUGCUGAUUACUUCCACAAUAGCUCAAUUCAAAAAAGUGGAUGUGCCCCUUCAGGAUUACUGGAUAUGUCAACUUGUCUGCCAGGUCAACCACGCAUUUUAUGGUCAAAUUCUCAUUUUUUGAAUGCUCCUUCAGCUCUUUUACUUGAAGGAAUGAAUUUACCUUCAAUUAAAAAUGAUUAUUCUUAUUUUGAUAUUGAACCGAUUACUGGUGUUGUUGUUGGGGUACAACAAAAAUCUCAAUUAAAUUUGGGAAUGCUUAGAGGAGAUUUGAGCAUAACUCGUAAUAUGCGUGAUUUGAUAGUUCCAAUUAUUUGGAUUAAUGAAAGUGCAAUUAUUGACUCAAAAACAAGAGAACAACUUCAAAUUCCAAUUAAAAUUAUUUUUUAUGCUUAUAUUUUUGGUUGGAUUUUGUUACUUUUUGGUAGUUUUUGUUUUUCUUUGAUUAUUGGUUUUGUUGUUGUGAGGCAAUGCAGGAGAAUGGCACAGGAAAUAAACGACAGCAUUGAUUCGCCUUUAAUUAAUUCUCCUCAGCCUUCUGAUAUUAAUAAUGGGGCAGUUACCGACACAUGAAAGACAAAAAAUUUUUUAAUUGACAUUUUAUAUAUUUAUAAUUUUCAAAGUGCCACAAACAAACAGAAAAAAAACUUCCUAAAAAAUUUAUAUAUUAUUCCAGUAAUAUGCAUUAUGUAAUAUUUUAUAUAUUGUUUAGCAUGGCUUGUACAAAUCCAUCUUAACGAUAGUUUUUUUCAGGCUAGAUUAAACCUAAUUUUUUAAGUAAAUCUCGUUUAACGUUAAAAAUUUUUUCUGAAAAACGAUGGGUGUCGUACGAGCGAUAUUUUUUCUGCAUGGGGGGUUUUGCACAUCUCUGAUUGUCAGACUAUUUUUAAAAGAGCGAUCCCAAGAGAAAUUUUUUGAAAAAAAAAACUGAAUAAAAAUGGC